AUGAGGUUCAUAACAUUAACAUCCCGCGGCAAGAGCAUAUCGUCGGCCUUCGUAUUUUCUCCUUUCAAUUCUGCACGUACUUUUUCCUCCAUUCUCUGCAAAAAAACCAAUCCCAGUACCCAGUUUUCCUUCUCUGUUAUUUUCCGCUCGAAAUCAAUUUCCUCCAGCUGCUUCCAAAGGGUGUCUCUUUUGAGGCGGAAUACUGGGAUUUCUGUGCCCAAAUGUAUUUAUUCUUCUGCCAACACCGUGGACUGGACCGACACCGUUUCGUGCUCGCAAAUUGGGGGAGGUGUAAAUUUGAUUGAGGAAUUAGACGUUUUGGAAGAGGAGGAUGAAUGUAAUGAAACUUCCAAGGCUCCCAUACCUGUUAGGGCAUUUUUUUUCUCCACUAGUGUGGAUUUGAGGACCUUAGUGGAGAGGAAUAAGCAGAAUUUUAUUCCCCCUUCAUCUCGAAUGACAAAUUAUGUGGGAUUUGUUGCUGGAUGCUAUCUGUCUGUCUAUUUGGAGAUAAACAGCAAUGUGGGGCUUCCUCAGCAGCUCUGCAAUAUUGUUGCUGGUUGGGCACAAUCAGACAUAGCAUGGAAGGAUGCCAAAUAUGCUCAAAUUUGGGAGUAUCUUAGAGAUGAAUUUGAAUUGACUCAGAGGUUUGCUAGUCUUGAUUUUAAGUUGAAGUUUGUUGAGCACAAUAUUCGUUUUCUUCAAGAAAUUCUUCAGAAUAGGAAGUCAGAUUUUCUGGAAUGGCUCAUUAUCGUACUAAUAGGUGUUGAAAUCAUCAUCUCUGUCUAUAAUAUUGCCCACUAG